AUGUCUAUUGAAGCUCUUCUUUCCGAAGUUACUCCAUUUUUCUACAACACCUUAGCUCUUAAAGCAGGAGUUGCAACUAAUGUUGGAAAACCAUGCAGUUCUGGAAGUUCAACUGAAGAACUUAAAGCUGUUAAAGUUUCUCAAGAUAAGUUAGCUGCUGGAAUUGAAGAAAUCAAAUCUAUGCUUCAAAAACUCUCAAUGGGAAGUGCUGCUCCAAGUACCUCAAAAGAACCUGUAAAAGAGGAAGCUGCUAAAGAAGAUGAGGAUUUUGAUCUUUUUGAUUCUGAUGAAGAUGAAGAAGAUGAGGCUAAAAAAAAGAUUACUGAAGAAAGAUUGAAAGCUUAUCAUGCUAAAAAAGCUACAAAACCAGGACCAAUUGCAAAAUCUUCAAUUAUUCUUGACAUCAAACCAUGGGAUGAUACAACUGAUCUUGUUAAAAUGGAAGAAUCCGUCAAAAGUAUUGAAAAAGAUGGACUUGUCUGGGGUGGAUGUAAACAAAUUCCACUUGCAUAUGGAAUCAAGAAACUUCAAAUCAUCUGUGUCAUCGAAGAUUUGAAAGUAUCUGUUGAUGAUCUUAUUGAACAAAUUACAACAGAUUUUGAGGAAUACGUUCAAUCAGUUGAUAUUGCUGCCUUCAACAAAAUCUAA